AUGGAUAUUAAAGAAAUUGUUAAAACUGUAAGCCCACCUCUGAUUUCUCGAUAUGGAAAAACAUUAACGUUUAGUUUAGCUUAUAAAACUGAUAGAAAAAAAGACCACUCAAUAACCCCAAAAUCUUUUACGUAUAGCGAUUUAAAAAAAGAACUAGCAAAGGUGCAGCAAGAAAUUAUGGAUCAGGAAAUCCAGACUUCAGGGAAAGGCCAAAUGACUUCCUCAUUUAAAUGCCAGUCACGAAUACAGAGAGAAAAAGUCCUUUCAGGGAAAAUUGAAGACGUCCCGACGGCUACGCAAUAUUCCCCUCUUUUUACUAUUGUUAAACCUAAAGUUAUCGGAGGAUGUUUAGCACGCUCUAGUACUGCUACUCCAAGAAAGCAAAGAAUUCACUUGCCAAGUUGUCUUAAUCAUGAAUUGGAGUGCAUAUAUCCUAAAAAAUCAGUUAUUAAUACUGAUACACAUAAAAAUAGAAUGGCUCUAUCUAAAAAUUAAUAUUUUUUUUUUUAAAAAAUAAAUUAUUUUAGCUGAUUUCCUAAAAACCAAAAGAAUUGACGCAAAUGAAUACGAAAAUUUAAUUCAAAAAAUUUCGAGGAUAAAAAGACGUAAAACGCCUGAAUUACCAAAGCAGCAUGUCCCAGAAGUUGAUUUUAAUAAACAAACUGAAAGGAAAUACAUUCCCCUUAACUUGGUUAACGAGGCCCGAUUUGAGACUAAGAGAGACCCUUUUCUCAGAAACUCCUCUCCAGAUUUUGCCAAAUUUUCUGAAAGAAAAUAUUCUGUGACAAAAGAUGAUAUAGGAUUUUAUAACGCAAAAUUCGAAUUUGUGAGGGCAAGAAUCACACAAGAUAUAGACUUCAGCAAGACUAGUCCUAGACUAUCAAUUUUUGAAAUGAGAUCAAAGACUCCCGAUCGCACUAAUUCAACAGCAAUUACUAAUACCUAA